UGUAGUCUGUUCUGUUCUGUAAGAAGGAAAGUGUUUGAUUAUUAAUCUUAAAUCAAAUAUCAAAAUGCAUUGUCUAUCUGUGCACGUAUAAGAGACAACGAACGCAACAACUGCAGCACCAAUAACAGAAUCAAAAACAAGAAAAAAAGGAAUAAUCUUUUGAUAUCAUUUUCGGUACUCGGUGUUCUUCCUCCUCUCAGCUUAAUUCAAGGAGAAGAAAUGGGGAUUUGUUGGUUUUUGUGAUCUGGGUUUUGUUCAGUUUUUUGUUUUACUUUCUGGGUUAUUGCUUUCUAUGAACUUUCAGAUCGGUGGGAAGAGAUGAUUGAAAAUGGUUGUUUUCUUUGGUGAGAUUGGCUUAAUUGAAUGACCCCAUUUGAGUGUAAUCCAAGCAAGGAAGAAAAGAAUUCACGAAUGUUGGAUUUCUACGGAUGCGAUCUGAUUUGAUAUUUGCCUUUUUAAUUACAGCAUCUUAUAAUUUGCUUGGUUCAUUCUGGGUCUGAUAUUAGGGCUUUUGGGAUUUUGUUUUCUGUGUGCAAGAAUAGAUGGAAAGGGGAGGAAAGGCUAGUACCAAGAGGAAUUUCAAGAGAAGAAUUAGAGAUAAUAACAGCGGGUCCGAUGAUUCAGAUGAGGAUUAUGUUGUUUCUGAUGAAGAAAAUGAAGUAUCUGGUGAAAACUCCGAGGGUUUUUGCGAUUCCUUAGGUGGGGAUGCAUCCGAAGAGAGUUUUGGUAGCUUUGUUGACGAGGAGGAGCUGGAGGAUGAGGAAGAGAAAAAAGUGAAGAAGGUUGUUAGAUUGGGAGAAAAGAAGGGUUCUUUGGCAAAAGGGAAAGCUGAAGGUAAUAAAACUUCUCGAAAGAGAAAGAGGGUAUCUUAUGAAGAGGAAGAGGACGAUGGUGACGAUGAUUACAUUUAUGAUGAAAGAGAUGAUGAUGACGAUGAGGAGUUUAUGCCCUGUCAAGAUGAUUGUUUUGAUGAGGAAGAAGAAUCAAGGGUGGUGAGGAAAAAAAAGACUACUAAUCUGAAGGGCGGCAACCAGGGUAUGAGGAAAAAGCACCCUGCUAGAGCCCAGAAAAGGAGGAAGAAAGCUGCGUUUCUGAAGAAACCUUUGGCUAAGAAAGGAAGAAAUAGUCAUAGGUUGAGAAGGAAAGCACGAGUUGACGAUGAUGAUGUUAACUAUGAUGAUUUCCUCGACAAUGACCCUGGUGAGAGAAAAAAGAGCAAGAAAACUUCAAGGGGAAGAAAAAGGAAACUUACUAUAUCUUCAGAUACAGAUUUUUUGUCUUCAGGAUCUUCAGAUUAUGAGUAUACCAUAUCUGAGGAAGAAAGAGAGCAAAUAAGAGAAGCUAGUGAACUGUGUCCAAAUUUGAGAACACAUAUGAGGAGUUUACUGUCUUCAAAGAUAAUGCAGGAAGAUGGGGAUUUACAGCAACAAAGAAAGCUGCCAGAAAGAAAAGGUAAAGAGAAGAUAGAAGGAGUGAAAUGUCAGUUAGGAAAGCAGGUUUGUGGAAUUUGUUUGUCUGAAGAAGAUAAAAGGAGAUUGAGGGGAACGUUGGACUGUUGUAGUCAUUAUUUCUGUUUCACUUGCAUUAUGGAGUGGUCGAAAGUGGAAUCUCGUUGUCCUUUGUGCAAGCAGAGGUUUAAGACGAUCACUAAGCCAGUUAGGUCAACGGUUGUGGAUUUUAGAGAUGCGGUGAUACAAAUUCCUGAGCGCGAUCAGGUCUAUCAACCAUCUGAGGAAGAGCUCAGGAGUUACCUUGAUCCAUAUGAGAAUGUGAUUUGUGCAGAGUGCCAUGAAGGUGGGGACGAUGGCCUCAUGUUACUCUGCGAUCUCUGUGAUUCAUCUGCCCACACUUACUGUGUUGGUCUUGGGCGGCAAGUUCCCGAAGGUAAUUGGUACUGUGAAGGUUGUAGACCUGUUGCUCUGGGAUCCUCAAGUUCACAAGCUCAAGUUUCUUUGUCGGAUCAAAGGAUGGCAAGCAACAAUGUAUCUGGUAGACCAUUGCCCAUUAUGAUCGGGGAAAGGUUGGACCCCCCUCUAGUUUCGCCUCGCACACCAUCAACUCAUGCAUUUGGGAAUAUCUACUCUCCCAGAUUUCCUGUUGGAGAGGUUCCACCAGCUUCUCCAGUGUCUAUGGCAGGGGCACCAACUCUAUCUGGGAGGCGCUGGAUACAUCGCCAAAUACAUCAUCUCCUUUCCAUGAACAGAAUGAAUCCUGCAGCAAGUAGAACAGAUGGGAUUUCAACAGCCAAUUUGGCUACUGGUUUUCUGAGCUCUCAAAUUGACCAGGACAGGGAAACGGCAAGUCAAAAUACAAGGGCACAAGAUAUUGAGACAUCACAUUGUACAUUCUUACAAGAGAGAUUACAGAACAAUACUUCUACACCAACACAAAGUAGGGAUUUCUUUUCUUCAGGAUUAAGCCACUCGAGAAUGCAGCCAAUUCAGGAUCCUCCUACUACUGCGAAUGUGGAUGGAUGUGUCAAUUUGACGUUAUGGCCUGACCUUGGAGGAAUUAAUUCUAUGUUGGGUAAUGAGGAACUGCAGCAAUUCAGCAGAUCCAGUGUUGUUUUAGAUGGUAAUUUGUCCCCUUAUCCUGUUAGACAGGAGAGCCAAUUUUACAUGGCAAAGGAACAAUUGCAAUCAUUGGUCAAAAGCCAUUUGAGAAACUUAUCGCGAGAUGUUGAUUUAGGCAAUAGUACUUACAAGGACAUUGCAAGGAGUUCUACUCAUACAAUCUUAGCUGCUUGUGGACUUGAUCACAAGAAGAGUGAGAUACAUGCCCUGCCCGCUUCACCAAAUUGUACACAUCUUGCUGAUAGAGUGGCAGCCGGGCAGAUGAGUCUAAUGGAAGGAUGUUGCUCAUCUUGUUUCGAUUCUUUUGUGAGGGAUGUGGUGAAAAGUAUCCUGGACACAAGGCUGCCGCAGUGGUUGAGUUUAGGUCUUUAGGAAAUUACCCAUUCAGUGUCUUCUGACACACUUUUGUUUUUGAUUAGGAGCUAGAAAAGAAUUCAAUGUUAACAUGUUUGUAGAGUUCAUUUGACUGACAUUGAGCACCAAAAAGGAUCUAUUCUUGAUUUAUAACAUCAAUAACAUUCAGACAGCCCAAGUGAUUGUUUGUUUCCA